AUGGAUUUAAAAGACCAUAGCAAGCGGGCAGCGGCGGGCGGAGCGACCGAGGGGCGGCGCGGGCUGGGCGGCGGGUGCGGGGGUCCGUGCUUCCUCGCGGUGGAGGGCUGGGCCGCGGUGCGGGCUGCGCGGGGCGCCGGUUCCGCGGAAGCCUGGGUCGGGCGCUGCGUGCGGGACUCUCGUCGCUCGUGGACGGGGCGCGAGCGCGCGGGGGACGUAGGGCGCCGACCUGGGCCUCCCCGGCGCUCCGGCUCCGCUCCGGGCGCCCGCUCAGGGGCCUCCGGCGCGAGGCCCCCUUCGUGGUCAAGAUGGCGGCGCCCAGGCGGGCCGCGCCGAGGUGAGCUGGAGCCGGGCCCGGAGAGGGGCGAGUGUGCCACGCCCAGGACUUGGACCCCGGGCUGGUCUCCCGUCUCCCGGGGAGCGGCGGUCUUAGUGAGAAGAGAGCAGGCUGAAUGGAAGAAAGUCAUUAUGACCACUGGGGCCACUAAGGGUGAGCGGCGAAGCUGCCGAGCGCCCGCGUCGCUGCCGCGGCCGGAAGACAGACGACCCCCAAAGCCCCUCGCCUGGCUCGGACCAACGGAGCCGGCAGCCCAGCACUCCGGAGAAUCUUGGUACCAGGACCACACAAUGAAGAACUUGGAGUCCCCCGUGGCUAAUCCAGCAGACAGAAAAGGAGGAACAAAGAUGCGAGAGAAAAUAAAGGGAACUCUUGGUGCAAUUCGGUGCUGCUGCAGGGCCAAGUCCAGAUUUCUGUGUGUGUGUGUGUCCCCAUGAUGAAAACAUCAUUAAAGUAAAAUAUCAUGAAUAGACUCUUAAGAAGCAGAGUCUACUGAAAGUCCUGGAAAAUAUGAAAGCACUAAUAUUCAUGGACAACUCUACACUCUGAAAGUUACUCCAAAUGUUGUUGAUCUCUCUUUUGUCUAGGAGUUUUUCAAAUUUUCUACCAUGAUCAUUUGUUAGUUUUAUAAUUACAUAAUAAAGGCGUUACAUCAUACAA